CCAACUUUGUUAUUGGAAUCUCAGCCGCACUCAAGCCAGAUAGUCUACUCUAUACUACUCAUUGCACCCAGAUGCCACAGUCUUUGACUAGACAUCUAAGACACAACCUCAACACAUAUUUCUGCGAUGAUUGUAUUAUGCACAACCAUCAAGUCGAACGUAUACAUUCACUGAACAUCGAUGUCCUUUGUAGAGUUCUUUCCUGCAGCGGUCGCAAGUAGCAAUGGCGUAAGCUGACACAGCCUACGUUUCAGGGCCCCACUACUCUGUCGAUCACCAGGACCCUGACCCUUACAAUGGGUUUGAGCCUCUCGUGACUCACAUCUCCGACGUUCGAUCUUCACAACACUUUUUCCCAUGAAAAACACCGUUCGAUCACAAUACACAAUGCCACCCCACGAAGGACUCGUUCACCAGCAAGAGUACGACUGGCGAGACUCCAACGUUGAACUGAUUAACUCAGACAUCGACCACAAAGUCAAAUACCAAUCCGCAGCCAGCGAACCAGCAUGGAACAACGGCACCAUCGGUAACCAAGCAGGGCUCUUCAUCUGGCGCAUCGAAGACUUUGAAGUCGUACCCUGGCCGCGCGGAAAUUACGGCAGCUUCUACGAAGGCGACUCUUACAUCGUGCUGCACACCGAAGAAGUCAAAGGCGAUGCAGAGACUCACUUGAUCCAUGACAUUUUCUUCUGGCUCGGCCGCGCAACAACGCAAGAUGAAGCCGGCACCGCAGCGUACAAGACCGUCGAACUCGAUGAAUUCCUCCACGGCGCAGCGACCCAGCACCGCGAAUUGCAGAUCUCACCCUCGGACGCAUUCUCCGCAUUGUUCCCGCGCCUGAAGAUCUUGCGUGGUGGUGUGCGCUCUGGGUUCAAUCAUGUUGAGACGAAAAAUGAGCCGCAGCACACAGACACCCUGCUCCGCGUGUUCAAGCACCCCAGCUCCACCGCUGGACGUGAUGCAGUCCUUGUGCAUGAAGUGGAGCCCAUGUGGCACAGCCUCGAUGAAGGCGAUGUAUUCAUUCUUGACAAAGGGGACAAGAUCUUUGUUUGGCAGGGUCGGAAGUGUUCGCCGAUGGAGAAGCUGAAAGCUGCACAAGUUGUCAACGAUCUGACGAUUGCGAAACACGUCGAUGUCGAAGUGCUGAGUCAGGAGGAGAUGAGGGGUAAGGUUGUCAUCGAUUACCUCGGCGGUCAGGAUCUGGAGUUUGGUACAAGGUUCGAAUGCGCGAGACCGGUGUCGUCUGCUACGGAACGGGAUACCAAGAAGUUGUUUAAGUUAAGUGACGCAGGUGGUGAGCUUGCGUUCGAUCUUGUGAAAGAGGGCAAUGGCAUUGGGAGGGAAGACUUGGACGGUGAUGACGUAUUCUUGCUGGAUGUGGGGAAGAGCAUCUGGGUCUGGGAAGGGAGUGGGGCGAGUCGAGCGGAGCGGGCGACGUGGUUGAAGGUUGCGCAGAGGUAUUCGGGUAUGCAGCUUGAUGCGAAGGAUCUAAGUGUUGCGAAGGUCAAGCAGGGCAAUGAAGGGAAGGCUUUCUGGGGCGCUGUGGAAGCACGAGCAGACAGAAAAACGAGUCAAGAGCUGCAUGAAGCACAAUGAAGGAGCUGAAGGUUUCUCUCUUCUGAUUGAUUUGUGGGUCACACAAUGUGAAGGGCGCACAAGUGAAUCGCCGUACACAGCGCAGAAGGUAUCCGAGGUCUCAUGCGCGCUCAAGAGCAUAUAGUGCUGUCUUGAGCUGGAGGAACUCGAAAACUGUUUUGCGUGGCCACGGAAUUCGGUACAAGGGCACGAGGUCGCUCGAAGGUCUGCUUCGACGUCAGGGGAAGAGUGCAGUGACGCCAGGGAGCGGAGAAUAUACAGAUGGAACCGCCUAGGUCCCGUGCAUUGCCUCCAGCACCCCAGUCAAGUUCUCGCUGACAGGAUGCUUGGAGCCGCUGCAGUAGUCAUUACACUUGCCGUUCUCGGACAGCCAGUGGGAACAAAUCAGGCGCGUGCCCUUCUUAAGUCUUUUUGCGCGUUUGUCUGGUCGUCUAUUUCCGGUCAGUCGUAUAGAUUCGAUGCAC